UUAAGUCCAGUAUUGUUUCAAUAUAAAAUGGGUGAAAAUGGAAACACCAGAGCUUUCUUGAUUGAGAUUUUCUGGACAGAGACUUACCCCCAGAAGCCGCCCAUCAUUUCCAUGAAUGCAUUUCUCAACAACACCAUAUCACCUGCUGUGAAACAGAGCAUAUUGCCCAGGUUACAGGUAGUCAUGGACGUGAACCUGGGCACAGCCAUGACCUAUAGGCUCUUGGCGUUUGCCAAGGACAACAAGGACCAGUUCAUGGAGAACCACCACCCAGUGCAGGCCACGACUUCCAUAAACAAUAUCAUCACAGUUGAAACUCCAAAUUCAGCCCUGCCUAGUAAGAAGAAAGAAAAAAAAAGAGCAACUUUCCAAAGCCCAGAAACGCAAGCUGGUAGACAAAACAGACCACAAAGGAGAACUUCCUUGAGGCUGGAACUGGGUGGCUAUGGUGAAGCAUUUAAGCAAAUCUGGCUCUAAAGAAGAUAACUAGCCUCCGACUAU